UGCCAUAUAAAGCGCGUUCCGCCGGGCCGGCCCCGGCUCCGGGAGCUGCCGGGACGCGCACGGAGCGGAGCCGCCGGUGCCGCCGGUGCCGCCGGUGCCAUGGAGCCGCCGGGUCCCGCCGGGGCGCCGGGACGGCCCUGGGAUGAAGCCAAGGCUUUCUACGACAACCUCGCCCCCAAGAAGAAGCCCAAAUCGCCCAAGCCUGAGAACGCCAUCACCAUCGCCGUGUCCUCGCGGGCGCUGUUCCGCAUGGAGGAGGAGCAGAAGAUCUACACGGAGCAGGGCGUGGAGGCCUACGUGAAAUAUCAGCUGGACCACGAGAACGAGCCCUUCCUCCCCGGGGCCGCCUUCCCCUUCGUCAAGGGCCCCCUGAAGGGCUUCCUGGAGGCGCUGGGGAAGCUGCAGAAGAAGUUCUACUCCAAGGGGCUGAGGCUGGAGUGUCCCAUCCGCACGUACCUGGUGACGGCGCGGAGCGCGGCCAGCUCGGGGGCCCGCGCCCUAAAGACUCUGCGCAGCUGGGGCCUGGAGACGGACGAGGCUCUGUUCCUGGCCGGGGCUCCCAAGGGACCUCUGCUGAGGAAGAUCCGGCCCCACAUCUUCUUCGACGACCAGAUGUUCCACGUGGAGGGAGCGCAGGAGAUGGGCGCCGUGGCCGCCCACGUCCCCUACGGCGUGGCCCAGAGGCACAAGCAGCACAAGCAGCAGACCACAAACAGCAAAUAGAGGGG